AUGAGUUGUCUCCGGCCGUCCCAUUCAAUAUGUCUGCAACAAAUUCGGUGGAAAACAGUGAAAUUCAAGCCGAAAAUCGCCAAAACGAAACCACUGAAAACGCCAUCCGCACAGGCUCUCGAUCAUUUCGAUUUCUAUUACGGACCACUUUUCGGGAAGAAAUGGCCGAGUAUUCGUCUCGGUUUACUCUCUCCGAAUAGAUAUUUAGCAGUGAUGAACACAAUGAGCAGGAAUUGGGAAGCACACGAUGAAAUACUUUCCGAUAUGGGUGCUCGGGAUCUGUUAGCGAGUAUUCGUGGCAAAACAGAAGACGAAAUUCUAGAAGCAAAGCGAAAAAUCGUAGAGAAAAGAGCAGAUGAGGAGACGAGAAAAGUCAAGCAAGAACUUCAGAAUCCAUCAACAUCGUCAGAAAAAGAGUUGCAUAAUGAGGAGCAAGAAGCGAUUUUCCGAUCAGCAGCUGGCUUGAGUGAAUUUCGACAGAGUCCUGGAGAAUUGUCUUCUGGAACCCUUCAAAUGGGUCAAGGAGGUGUGAAAAGUCAGCAGAAUAAGGAUGUAGAGAUCACUGGAUUUGAGGGAGAAGGCGUCAGAAUUCCGAAGAGAGAACACUUUUUAUAUUAUCCAAAAGCUCUCCGAGUCCGCGCAUUCGAGCGAGCAGUUCUUCUCGACUUUCCUGCUCCAAUGAAAGAUGAAGUCGGUGUUCCAAGCUACUGGCUGUUAGAUGGUGGAUCUCUUCUUCCAGUGUUGGCUCUCGGUCUCCAGAAGAAUGAAUCUCUUCUUGAUAUGUGUGCAGCGCCUGGCGGAAAGAGUCUCCUCGCUGCUCUCUCAAAUCUUCCAUCGAAAAUUGUUUGUAAUGAUUUCAAAUUGGCUAGAUUAGGACAACUGAAACGAGCUCUUAUGACAUAUGUUGCGGAGGAUAGUGAGGCGAUCGAUAAGUUUGUGCUGAAACGAAAAGAUGCGUCAGAUGUGAAAACGUGGGAUGAAUUCGAAGCAUACGACAAAGUGUUGGCUGAUGUCCCAUGCUCUACCGAUCGAUUAUCUGUUAGUACGGAUGAUGGAAACAUUUUCAGCACAGCGUCGACACAACAGAGGCUGGAUUUGCCGUUGUUGCAGACGAAGAUUCUCGUAAACGCCCUUCGCUCCGUAAAAGUUGGCGGAUCAGUCGUCUAUUCAACUUGCACUUUGUCUCCAAGUCAAAACGAAGCAGUAGUCGAGAACGCUGUCGCCGUGGCACGAAAUGAUUUCGGAAUCGAGACAGUCGAGGAAUCCCUCCACCAACUCGUCUCUCACAUGACAUCAUCUGGUCUCUACCGUUUCCAUGACACUCCACUGGGCGCCCUCGUCGUCCCGUUCCUUCCCUCGAAUUUUGGACCAAUGUAUAUUUGCAAAUUAACCAGAUUGCAAUAG